AUGGCAACACCGGCAGAGGAGAGUGAGAUAACCGAUUUUGAUGAAAUAUUAGAGUGGCCUACAGAAAAUCCGGAAAGCCGCUGCUUCACGCCUUUCCUUGAAGGCGAAGGGGUAGGAAAUAAAGCAACCACCCAAUGCUUCCACUUCCACCAGCGUGAACCGGCCAGAGAAAUUGUCCACGUGAAACAUCUUGAAAGCGGAUGCCGGCAAUAUAUUUUUUCUCCCCAAAGCAAUUUCCCAUCUGCGGGUCCACAUUUAGAGGAGAGAGUCUCUCCUGAGCGACGUCGAAAACUCGAGUCUGUCUACGAAGAAGUCGAGCUGACAGACCCCGCUCCAGGUUGUCAUGCUCACCCAGAAAUGAUCACCCCUAGCUUGGCUUCACAAUCUCCAGAAUGCCGAGGAUAUGAUCAUAGUGAUUCAUAUGAUCACUGUACUACAAAAUCCCUUGGUGGGCCUGCUAUGAUUCGAGAAAGUGACUCAUUAUUCCCCAGGCUGACGACGCAGGAAGUUGCAGUGCUCACCAGGGCAGCCGAAAGACAGGCUCGGUUGUGGCUAGAGGCAGAAAGGAUCGAAAAGGACAGAUUAGAGAUGGAGGACGAGAUGGUGAAGAAACGUGCGAUUGUACAGCACUCGCUUGAGGCACGUCAGGAUUCCAGACUAGAACGAGAAGGCUUCGACUACACACGAUCCGAAGUACUUGUCCAUGACCAUCAACGAAGGGAUGAAGCUGCCGCCUGCGCACCCGAUAGUCAACGUGAGUUUGAUGCCCGUAUUUUGGAGGCCUUUUACCCAUUCUGGGCCCAGCACCCGCUCUGCGCACGAUUCCCACAUGCUCACAUUCGAGCCAGGAUCCCCGACAACCAGGGACUAGUCACCUUGUUCGAAAACGUCUUCUAUAACAUGGCUGGCUAUAAGUAUGGCUACAUCGACUACCGGCCCCUUCCCGUUGCGCCAAUUCGCGCGCUGUCCCGAAGAAGUGAACUUCCUCGUCAUCGGCCAAGCUGGAUCCCCGGUCCGGUUCCCACUCAAAUCGAUUGGGAUGACCCCAGCAUUUGUUAUAAUGCAGAAGCUCGCCGUGAAAUCCGAGAAAAUGCCUGCUUCGUUCCAUAUAUGGAACCAAAUGGGCUGCAUCGUCCUCCCCAUUUACGAGAUCCAUGCAUCGAGCCACUCAUCGUCUACAAGAAAGUGCUUGGCUCCGGGGCAUUCCAUUAUGGGCACACCGGCCACUAUCAUCUGCGCACAACGAUCCUACUCAAUCGAGAAUACCUCCACGGCCACGUGGCCUGCCUCGAUCCGCACCAAUUUGGACGCCCCCAGAUCUAA